UUAAUUAUGUUUUUGUCGCUACCAGUUAGGAGACCUAACAAUUAUAUGUUGGUACGGUGCACAAAGUGAUGCGACAAAAAUAUAAAAUUAUAUUAGUUUCGAGUUAUUCUUUUUUUAAUCAUGAUCAUUUUUGAACAUGAAAUCUAAGCAAGUAAAAUGAAUUAUCGGUGAGUCUUACCAAUUUUAUUAAUUACCAACCAAGUAUUUCUGGAAAACCUAAUAAAAAUAGUACGUGACCCAAAAAACUGUGAAGAAAAAUGAAGAGUCGAUGAAUGGAAACAUUUGCAAAUGAAUACAAUUUUGAUAACGCAACGAAAUUGUUAUUUGAAAGCAAAGCAAAACAGACGAAGAAUAAUGUGAAUAAAUAAGAAGCAAAUGGUUUGGAAACGAUGUGUAACACUUGCAGAAAGAAAACUCCUGCUUUAAGCAAAAUGUUAACGAAAUAUCGAGGCAGCUCACACAGAGGUAGUCAGAGAGUCCUGUAACGCGUAGUUAGUUUUUGAAAAUUGUUCAUUCACUCAGACAAUUCAAUUAAUUUGUCUUAAGGGAAGCGGAAAAGUCACUACUAGCAGCUAAUUAAAAAAAAAAACAUUUCACGAGUCUAAAUUAAUGUGAAUAUUAAUAUCAACUCAAUUCUUAAUGUGCUAAUUUUCUGAAAAAUUCGAUUGAAUUCAUAUCACAACUGAAGAAAUUAAUUCACCAUGCUUUAGGCGUACGAGCAAAUUUCCCCAGACUGUUAUGAUGUGGGAAUUUAUAAGCAGUGGAAGAGUUGCUAUUACCCUUUCUUAAGUAAAAAUCGUAUUUUUAAAAAUAAAUUCAAUUAACAUCUAUGUUUAAUUUCAAAAAUGUAUCUUGUAUUUUAAAACAGAAGAUUAUACGUUUUCUUUUAAACCCUCUUAUGUGUAAAACCAAGUAGUGAAACACAGUAUAGUUCUGGUGUUGGACACCUCAAUAUUUUCCUGUCUGUAUUAUUUCACUAAUGUAUUUUUCUUCCUCACGAGUUGAUUAACUGAAGAAUUAAUAGUUGAUUUAAAAUUAAUUUAAUACCUCUGUUUGACAAAGCCCUUCAUGCAACUGUUCCAAUAACAGCAAAACAAUUACUUUUAUAUACUGUUAGGUUCAGAAUUUGCUCGUCUAAACAAUUCAAUGCUUUCGUUAUAGUUCGUUCUAUUGAAAACGCCUCGUUAUGCACACUUCACUGUUAAUUACCCUCGGAAAAAGCUAAACUGCUUGUAAAAAGUUAUUACAACUUUCAUAUAAAGGGUGACUUUUUAAUGCAUUGACGAAGCAAGUAGAAGAUUAAGUGCUGCCGCUCGAUUUAGCUAGAAAUACAUUCGAGGGUUUACUGUAAAAGGUACUUUGUCAACUGCAAUCAGACAAAGCAAAGAAAACAAUGCAGCCAAAGACGAAAAUUCUCUGUCUGAAAGCGCAACCCCUGUCCAUGUUAUGUGACCGUUAUCGUUUUGAUUUUUUUGCCUGUAACAGUUAUAUUUUAGGAGAAGACAGCUGAAAUUCAUUAGGCAACAGACUUAACGAUCUAAGUUUAUUUGAUGGAUUACAAAUAAACCUUUAGAGAAUUUCGCAAUUGCAAGACGAUACUAUUCUUAUAGUAUUUUUUGCGACUGAAGAAACUUCGCACAAAUCAACAGAAACUCUGGCCUGCGUUGGAUAUAGCAGGAUCGCAAUCCGUUCCCAACAUACGCAGCGUUGCCCGAGACAGUCCGUGCCGGUGCGACAACACUGAAAUUUGGCCUCCAAUUUUUUCCUAAGGAAAACAUUGUUUCAUGUCGCAAAAAACAAAAUACUUGUGCCGAUUUACGCGAGAGUUGGAUGAGAAACUGAUCGAAUUAGUUGCCGAAAAUGAAGUUCUCUACGACCACAAGCACAAAUAUUACAAAGAUUUAAGUAUGAGGGACGAUGUCUGGCUUGCGAUUUCCUCGAUAGUCGGAAAGUCGGUGCUUGAUUGCAAAACUAGAUGGCGUAGCCUCAGGGACUUAUACCAUCGAAAGAAAAAAGAACAAAAAAUGGGCAAAAAGCUUAGAGCACCUUGGGAAUACAUGGAAUCCAUGAAAUUUUUAGAGAAAUUUACAACGGAGAAAAAGGUAGCGCAGGAAGAUACGUCAGAUGCUCAGGAUGAGGACACGAAAAUAGAUAUAAAACUGGAAUUUGAUCCAAGCACUCCUACCACCAGCACCAACCAGAAUGGUGCAAGUAGCGACGAGUGUAUCCCUGCAAAGAAGCCGCGAAUAGAGGAAAUAUAUCAGUCGUAUGACAACUCGGCCAUUCUGCAUAUUUUGCAAGAAAUUCGGGAUUUGUCAAAAAAGAAAGACGAUCCAAUAACGACCUUCUUCGACAGCAUGGCCAAAACGGUAGUAUCGUUUCCACCAGCUCAAGCAGCGGAAGUGAAGCUCAAAGUAUGUCAAAUUGUAACGGAGAUGGAAUGUAAGAUUCUAGACAUGAGUGGAAAUCAUCCAGAAAGUUUUGAGUAACAGUGUCUACAAUUAAGAAAAUAACAUUACAUUAAUGAAUGGUUAUAGAAGGUCGACUACUUCCACUCCAAAAGUAUUCUAAAUAUGCUUGUUUAUUCCAAUCGGUACAGCUGAUUGUUUGGCAAUAUUCUAUUUUUUAUUUUAUUAUUGACCGAUCGUCAACAAAAACUAAGGAUACAUAAGUAAAAAGAAAAAAAAAACAUUAAUUAAGGCCUUCAAAUGGAAUACUUUUGGAUUGAACAACGGCCGUAAUAGCUGUUAUAUAAAAAAAACUUAGCUUUAGCAGUAAAAUAUUCCUUAUCAUGUAUAAAUGUGAUACAAAUUUCUGUUUUUUUCCUUUAAAUUCUAUUUGGAAUGUGAUACUAAAGUAAGCGUUGGAAAAAUGGAAAGGCAAAAUUGAGAUGUGAUUAGACGUGAUAACCAAUUAUAUUGUGAUUCGAAAUUAUUUAAGUUUAUCGUGACCAGAAAAAAAUAUUUUUGUUCGUAGUGUUUCGAGAACCCAAAGGUUAAUGUUUGUAAAUAAAAGCUGUUAAAACAGA